AUGCUUUCUGGCUUGAAGAUCAAUAUGACUAGGCGUGUGCUCCUCGUUGGAGGAGCUGCACUAAUCCUCAGCCUACUCAUCUCCCUCGCAGCAGCAUCCACUUCCCAUGGUCCAGCGAGUGUAUUAGGAGCCUGCAUCAGCAGUGAGCGAGAUGCGCUUCUGUCCUUCAAGGCAAGCCUCUUGGACCCUGCUGGUCAUCUCUCGUCAUGGCAGGGUGGCGGCGGUGACUGUUGUCAAUGGAAAGGAAUCCGGUGCAACAACCGUACAGGCCAUGUAGUCAAGCUCAACCUCAGCAACAUCGACACCAACGCCUAUUACGAAACGGGCGUGCGGAGCAGUUCAUUAAGCUUGUCGGCAGGUGAGAUGAGCUCCUCUUUGGCUAUUCUACAGCACCUGCGCUAUCUUGAUCUGAGCUGGAAUAACUUCAGUGGCACCACCAUACCGGCUUUCGUGGGUUCUCUCAACAACUUAAGGUACCUCAACCUCUCCUCGGCAGCUUUCGGUGGGGCAAUACCUUCCCAACUUGGCAAUCUCUCCAAGUUGCAAUAUCUUGAUGUUAGCGGUAAUUCUAUGUACCGGAAUAAUAAUGAUCUUCAAGCAGUGGAUCUUGCAUGGUUGCCACGUCUCUCUUUGUUAAGUUAUCUUGACAUGAGCGGUGUGAAUCUUAGUUCUGUGAAGGAUUGGAUUCACACGGUUAAUAUGUUUCCUUCUCUUACGGUGCUUCGCCUGUCGGAUUGUGGCCUUAGUACUAUUACCGUGUCUGCUGGGAGUACUCUACAAUAUUCCAUGCCCAACCUCACACAUCUAGAGGUCCUUGAUCUGUCAUUUAACUAUUUUGCAACUUCACUCAAGCAUGCCUGGUUUUGGAAUCUCACAAGCAUUAGGAAGCUUUCCCUCUCAGAUUGCGGCUGGAUUGGAUCCAUUCCCAAUGGAUUGGGAAACAUGAAGUCCCUUCAGGUCAUAGACUUGAGUUUCAAUUACGAUCUUGAGGGUUUGCUACCAAACAAUCUGCAAGGUCCUUGCAAUUUGAAAGUACUGCUAUUAACUGCUAACAGAAUCAAUGGGAACAUAGCUGAUUUCCUGGGUCGAUUGCCAAGGUGCACAUGGAAUACAUUGCAAGAGUUGUAUGUGGGGUAUACAAAUAUGACAGGGAAUUUACCAGUUUGGAUUGGGAACAUGACCAAUCUCAGUGUUAUUUCAGCAUGGGAUAACAUGUUGACUGGCACUCUACCCGUAGGAGUUGGAACACUUGGUAAUUUGAAAAUCCUAGCUCUAAGCAACAAUAACUUCAAAGGUGUGCUUCUCAAGGAACAUUUCGCAAGUUUAGGUAAUUUAGAGUUUUUGGAUCUCAGCAACAAUGACUUCAGCGGUGUGCUCACAGAGAAGGAUUUUGCAGGCCUGUUGAAUUUAGAGUAUCUGGACUUGUCAUACAACCCUUUGAAAAUCGCUAUCAACCAAAAAUGGGUUCCCCCAUUUAGAUUGAAGGUCGCAGGUUUUCGAUCAUGCCAUCUCGGGCCUCAUUUUCCAAAGUGGCUCAAAGGGCAGACCAGCAUUGAUGUUCUUGUUCUUGGAGAUGCAAAUCUAGAUGAUGUUAUUCCUGAUUGGUUUUGGGUGACAUUUUCCCGAGCUUCAUUCUUGCAUGCAUCAGGAAAUAAAUUGAGUGGCUCAUUACCAGACAGUUUACAACACAUGGCAGCUGAUCGUAUAUAUCUCGGGUCCAACAUGUUUACAGGUCAAGUCCCCUUGUUGCCAUUAAACAUAUCCCACUUGAACCUGUCGUCAAACUCUUUCUCAGGGUCAUUGCCACCAGACCUGAAAGCUCCACUUUUGGAAGAGUUGUUGCUUGCAAAUAAUCAGAUUAGCGGUAUGAUCCCAUCAUCUUUAUGCCAAUUGACUAGUCUGCACCGGUUGGACCUAUCAGGAAACAAGUUAACAGGGGAUGUUAUGCAAUGCGGCAAGGACUCGGGAACAAAUCAGUUUGGUUCUAAUAUGUACAGUCUGGCCUUGAACAAUAACAAUCUCUCAGGUGAAUUCCCCAAAUUUCUUCGAAGUGCAUCACAAUUACAAUUCCUCGAUCUUUCAUACAAUAUGUUCUCUGGAGGAUUACCAAAGUGGUUACCUGAAAAAAUGCCACACUUGCAAAUCUUGAGGUUGACGUCAAAUAUGUUCAGUGGCCAUAUACCAGUCAAUCUCACUUGCAUUGACAGUCUUCAUUAUUUGGACAUAUCAGGCAACAAUAUAUCAGGAAAUAUACCAUGGUCACUAUCAAACUUGAAAGCAAUGAUGACAACAAUAUCUCAGUACGCAGGGGAUUACAACUUUGAAGAGAGCAUACCAGUAAUUACGAAAGACCAAAAGCGUGAUUAUAACUUCGAAAUCUACAAGCUAUUGGUGAAUCUUGAUUUAUCAAAUAAUAGUUUAACAGGACAAAUUCCAGACGAGAUAAGUUUACUGAUUGGCCUUACAAAUCUGAACCUCUCAAGUAAUCAUUUCAGAGGAACAAUCCCAAACCAGAUCGGAGAUUUAAUUAAUCUGGAGUCCCUGGACCUAUCCUACAAUGAGUUUUCUGGUACAAUACCAUCAAGUUUGUCUGCUCUAAAUUCUUUGAGCCACUUGAACUUGUCAUAUAACAAUUUAUCAGGUGCAAUACCAUCUGGACCACAGCUACAAACUCUUGACAACCAGAUGUAUAUAUACCUCGGCAACCCUGGUCUUUGCGGUCCUCCUCUCUCCAGGAACUGUUCAGAAAAUGAUUCACAUAAAAGCAACCUUGAAGAUAUGAAUCACAUGUCAUCUGUUUGUCUUGUCACGAGCCUCGGAUUUUUGGUUGGUCUAUGGACAGUGUUCUGCACCAUGUUAGUGAAGAGAACCUGGAGGGCUGCCUACUUCCAGUUUAUUGAUAAGCUAUAUGACAAGGUUUAUGUGCAAGUGGGUGUGAGGUGGGCUCGACUGUUGGAGAAAACUCCAGAUGGUGCACCAUGAUGUGCCCAAUAUAAUUCCGUUGUAACGAAUUGUACGA